CCACAUGGAUUUCACAAUCACUAUUAGUUCAAGCAACAAAUGGAUUUCUAGAGGAUGCAUCAUUGGUUUCUUGUGUGGGAGCGUUGCUUCAGGGAGUAACUUGACACUUUCUUUUGUGUUGCUUUUGCAUGUUAGACUCUGAGCACGUAGCGUCUCCACAUUUAAUAGAGUCAAGACAGCUCACUUAUUUAUUUCCACAGAUUUCAAGCAGGAUGUUUUUGUGAUGGACACAAGGAAUCGGUGCAGAAUUCUGGAAGGAGUUUCUUCAACAACAGCACGAAGGACAACAAUGAUCACGUGGUUUUUACUGGUCACACUGUUCUGUAAGAGCACACAAGGUGGAAAUGCAGAUGGAAAUAGUGUUUGGCUUUGUGAACCUUGGAACCUGACAGUGAACAGCUCGAAGCAGACGAUCGUGUUAACGUGGGAGGACGACCCUUCGUGCUCUGCAGGAAACGGCACAGUGGUCUAUGAGCUGGAGGUUCUGGCAGCCGACCAUCCGCAACAUUACGAUGAAGUGCCUGUUACACCUGAGCAGACAGGUGAGGUCCACGUCUGGAGCUGGAGGUCUCCUUUAGCCUUGGAGUGCGCCUCCCACUCAGUCAGGAUAAGUUCUCGAUACAAAAAUCAGAGAAGCCCAUGGAAACUGGAGCGUACGCUUCCAGCUCUCGGCAACGUCCUGGAAGCAGUCGUGUUUCCACAGAAUGAUGUGUUUCGCGUCGGCAGCACAGUCACCUUCUGCUGCGUUCUGCCCCCGGGAGCUCAUUUGAAAAAAAUGAGCGUUGGGGGCUAUAAAGAUACUGAUACGAACACAAUCAUGAUCAGCAAGCAGACGCACGCUCUGACUGUCCUCCUGAACCGCAUAUCCAAAAACAGCUGUACUAAUGUCUUUUGUAUCACAGAGCUUCUGCAAGUUUCGGGCACCUGUGUUUAUGUUGACGACCUACCCGCUGAUAAGAACCUUCAGUGUGAAACCCGGGAUCUGAAAUCAGUCAUAUGUCGCUGGACAGUCGGGACCAACGCAGAUCUGGGCGAAACACGAAAGAGUUACUGGCUUCAGGGACGGAAAUGUGAAACUGGAUACAAGGGCAGUUGCUCCAUAGACGUUGCAGUGAACGCUAGUGUGACCACGUGGACCCUGGUGGUCCAGAACCGGCUGGGGACGGUGAACCUGACGGACGUGGCAGCCAUGACCCAACGAGUGUACAUGUUGGCUCCAGACGUGGACGUUUCACAUGUGAAUGCAAGGAACGUCUGUCUGACAUGGAGGUGGCGUGAACACUACUACACAAGCCUCAAUGUCAGCUGCCAAGUAAACGUCAGCUCUGGAGAAACGAGCGUCAUAAGUGAAACCUCUGCACUCUCUGCAGUUGUGAUCAACCUGAUACCGAACUGGUCAUACACUGCAACAGUGCGAUGUGCUACAGAAAAGCAUGUGUGGAAAUGGGGCGACUGGAGCCCAAGAGUCAGCUUCCACACAAAGGGGGAUGUUCCAGACCCUCCGGACGUGUGGAUGCAGAUGAAAGAAAAUCAUGUUAUAAUCACUUGGAAAGAGUUACUGGCCAACCAGAGCCACGGAACCAUCCUGGAUUACACUGUGAGCUGGGCCAAGACCGGAGAGGCGGAGCGGCGAAACAGCACCACGGUGACGGCCGGUCAGAGCGUUGGACUCAGCGUGGACACGUCUGCAGCGUACAGCGUCAGCGUCACAGCCAGAAACAGCAACGGCAGCUCGUCUGCAUCGAGCAUCAGCGUCCCACCGUGGAGUCCAGACAGAACCGGGCUGAACCCGUCUCGGAUCUCCGGCAGCGACGGCGGCUUCAGCCUGCGCUGGUCUGCCAGUCCUAAGGCUGCCUGCGGCUACGUGGUGGACUGGUGUCCCACCUCAGGGAACUGCACCGUGGAAUGGAUCAAAGUGCCUCCUCAUCAAACCAAGGCCACAAUAUCCUCAAAAAACUUCAGGAAUGGAGUGAGAUACACACUAUCUGUAUAUGCCUGCACCCAACGGGCGCCGCUGCUGCUGGAACAAAGCGAGGGCUACGUCCGGGAGGAAAAAAUACAAGACAACCUCUUUGAGCAUCUGAAUGUGACACAGCAGGAUUACAACAUGGAGGUGUCCUGGGAUCCGGUCCGGCUCGCGGAACAGCCGGCGUUCAUCCGAGGUUAUGUUCUGUAUUGGUCGGACAACAACAGCAAGACCAGCUUCAGUGUAACCACAGCCAAUCCGGAGGCCACCAGCCUGACUGCCACCAACCUGAGAAUCGAUUCGUACGAAUUCACACUGAAGGCGCUGACUGCGGUGGGAGAAUGCGGCACCACGCGCCGUUCAACCUCCUUGAACUCGCUGACUGAUGCGCUGAUAAAGGUCAUCACCAUUUAUCUGGUCACUGCUUCCUGCCUGAUUCUCCUCCUCACCAUCAUCUGCUGCAGACACUGGACCUGCAUCAAGUGGAAGGUUUAUCCUCCAGUCCCUAAGCCAGUGUUGAUGGACAAGUGGAUGACAUCACCGGGUGAACAUACUUGUCAUCCUCUUCACGUGGACCGGUUUCGGGUCGGUGAAGAAGAUAUCAUGGAUGUUCCCGAGCUGCACUGCAAAGCGGGAGCGGUCGACACCUUGGGGCCCCUGAAGAACGAGCCCUUUGUUAACAGCCAAACGCCGAAGGGCUACUACAACCAGCCCCUCCAGAGGGACGCGCCGCCGCCCGCCUCCUUCACCGGCGUCUUUCCCAACCCGUCCUACAACCUGCUCCUGCAGCCUGGAGGCCAGCGGGCCCGCUCCCAGCUUCAGCCUCAGGAGGGGUCUUUGGAGAGCAGCUGCAGUGGAUACCAGCCUCAGACUCUCAGAGGCGCCCAGAACAAGGCAGACGCUCCUAUUCCCUGCGCAUCCACCUACAUUUUGUUACCGCACUGAAGCACGGCUGCGCGUGGAAACAUGGAAGGACACACUUCAUUUCUCGCCUGGUGCAGUUCCCUUUGCAUCGUUCAACUUGGAGUACUUCCGCCUGAUCAAAUCCGGCCUUUGGUGCCGGUGCUCAAACGCAGGCAACAGCCACUGCUGCUGGUGGAAACAGACCAAAGCAGACACAGAGGGGAACUUGCUGACUGGAUCAGCAACACAGGAUCCUCAGAAGUAUCUAAUCAAAGUUCAAUAAUAUUGCUAAACAUUUAGCGUAUUCUAAGAAAAACUGUCCCUUUAAAUGUUUGUUAAAGGAACAACUUCCUUGUUGGAAACCUUUCUAUAGUGACCACUAGGGGGAGCCGGCACUCUGCUGUAUGACGAGAAGUUCCUCAGUGGAGCAAGAAUGGACUCAAACCUUGAGUAAUAGUUCUGUGGUUUGAAUCAGCUGAUGACGAACACCCCACAUGUUCCCAUCGCUUCAGAUCUGGGGUGUGUAGUUGGCGAUAACCUUCCAGAGGUUAAGAACAGGCGGGCAUUGAAGGAUGAGCCACUGAAUAGUACAAUAUGUACCUAUUAAUGUGUGUGAAUUACUGUAACGUCAAAUCUCAGCUUGUUAACUAGUUCUGUAAGUGGUAAUAUGCUAAUUAGACGAGAGAUGAUGAGGUAAAUUACUCUUCUUCUCUGGAAAUAUAUGUAAAAUAAUAAUAAUAAUAAUAGUAGUAGUUCUGUAAAAUAAUGUUUUUAAAAAGGAAACAUAUGACAUAGUUUGUUUGGGCCACAACAUUUGAAAUCAUAGCAAUGUUUAUUAAGAUUACGAUACAAUUACGAAAAUUAUUAUGAUUCUUUUAAUCUUUAAUGCAUUUGCAAUUAGAGCCAUUUUGUACAUGCGCAGCUAAAUAAUCUGUAUAAAAUGUGACAGUUAAAGUGCAAAGAUCAGGUGAGACCAGGUUUUUGGAUGAAAAUGCUGGUUAAUGACGUCAACAUGAACUAAUGGGUGGAGGCCUUGUAUGAAACUGCUAUGGAGACUCUUCAGAACAGCACAGAGGAGCAGCAACGAUUUUAACAGUUUUACACUUUUUACUGAACAGUGAAGGUUUUCGGUUUGUAAGAGGAGAGAGGCUUCAUCAACUGUCCAUCCUCCAUCCCACCACAUCAUUGAGGACCGAAGGAUCAACUGAUCACCAAAGGACAGAGAAGCCACACAUUUCUGUUGCAUGUGUUUGUAUUUAAACACGUUGUGCAGAGUGUGUAGCAGGCGACGCCUCGCAUCCAGCCACAAUUAGCCAAGAUAAUCUGCUGCGUCAUGUUCUGUACCGACACCGUCAGUGGUCUGUAAUGUGUCACUGUGACUGUCCAAAUUAAAAUGUAUGAUGUAUGACUCGU